AUCAGAGGCGUCAUCUUGUGCAGCCGACCUUAACUCAUGUCGACUGAAAGAACUAUCGAUUACAAGACAAAAAUAAGGUACAAGUCGAUAAUCGCAAUUAUUAAAUGGCCGCCAAACAAUUCGUCAGCAUCCAUAACUCUCACGACGUAUAUGUGUUAAAAAACAAUCGCGUCGAUCUGUAAAAAAAAAAAAAAAAAAAAAAAAAAAAAAUAACAAUUCCCUUUCUUAUUUAAAACGUCGUACUUAAUAAGCCGUCAAACUGUGGCCUCAACAGCAAAUUAUGGGACCCAAGAAACAUAAAAAACACAAACGCGAACGUCACGAAGUUUAAUGGUGUACAGGAAUAAUGACUACGUUUUCACCAUGGACAUACUGAGAGUGAGAUUGGAGUAGAAGUAAUAAGGUGGAUUAUUGGGAAGUAAUAGAGAAAAUACGGCGGUUCCAUAGCAAGAACUUCCUGAACCGAAAAGAACUUUAUUCGACGCCGGAUAAACCAACACUGAAGCUAAUUCUCAAAGUAGGUGGUAACAGCGGUACUCCUGAAUACGGAAGCGAUUCGCCAAAUUCAUCAGCGAUGCUGUCUCAACAGUACCAGCAGCUGGGUAUGAAUUACUCAGUGACCCAAAAUGAGUCCGAGUACGAAAAGUACGUGAGCGCUCAUAAGAAAUUGAAGAAAAAGAAAAAGAAGAAGGAUAAACGUCACAAACACCAUCACAAGGACAAGAAACGUCGCCGAGAAGAGUCAAGUCAGGAGUCUGUUGGUGACGUCGAUGAAAGUUUUAUGGAGGUACCUAAAAAAUUAGCUACUAAUCACCACUUAGCACCACCAAAGCUUGGUUCUGGCUCAGAACAGAGGGCAGGACUCAACACGAGCUCGUUGUCACCUCAUCGCGAGCCACGGACUUGUGUUUUGAAAAAAAUAGCUGAACGUACUCCGUUGCAGCGACUUUUAGAGCAUUUAUUGCGAUCUAUGGAGAAACGUGAUCCUCAACAAUUUUUUGCCUGGCCGGUGACUGAUAAUAUCGCGCCUGGUUACUCGUCAAUUAUUAAAAAUCCGAUGGAUUUUAGUACGAUAAAGCAAAAAAUUGAUGAUAAUAACUAUCAAAACUUGAAUGAAUUUAUUGAAGAUUUUAAGCUGAUGUGCGAUAACGCCAUGAUUUACAAUCAUCCAGAGACUAUUUAUUACAAAGCUGCAAAAAAAUUAUUGCAUGUUGGUCUCAAAAUGGUGACGCCUGAAAAAUUGCGUCAAUUGAGGCCGGUCUUAACUUAUAUGCAUGAUAUUGCUAGAGAUGAAUUAGGAUUUGAACUUGGGGUUGAGGAUCCCAACAAUCCAGACACUCUGGUUACUGAGGAGCAGAUUGAGAAAGAACGCGAACAAGAGGAACGUAAUGAAGAAGCUGAGGAAAUGAGAAAAGAAAAUCAGCGUAAAAUCCGUCUUGCUAGUCUCGGGAAGUUCGAAGCUGUGCCGGAUGAUCUCACACCUGAAGAAAUACUCAAACAAGCCCGCGGGGCCGCUAAAGCUGCGUCGGAUAAAUUAACUAUGAAACGACUUAACUCUAAAAUGGGUUUCCUUAGACAAAAGAAAGACGGUACAACAAGUUUACAAAUAAUUGUUCAUGGAGAUGGAGUAAUUCCUGGUACAAAUCAACGACCGGUAUCACUCGGUCAAUUAAUUGGUAAACUAAGCCACGGUACUGGCGUACUUGCAGGUUUCCGCGAAGACCGUCGAAAUAUGUCUAAGCCCGUAAAGUCACUUUAUUACGGUGCUUUUGGUUCUUAUGCACCAAGUUACGACUCUACUUUCGCAAACCUCACUAAAGAAGAAACAGAAUUAGUUUACCAGACUUAUGGUGAUGAAACUGCUGUACAGUACGCUGAAUCAAUACUCGAUUUUGCGAAAGACUGCGAUUACACUCUUACCAUGGUUGAUGAUUUGUUGGAUAUACUUACUGGUGGUGAUCAUAGAAAAACUAAAAAGCUACUUGAAGAAAAACGGAGGCUCAAAGAAGAGGAGAAGAAAAUAGAACAUUUGUUAGAAAAACCGUUUAAUGAUUUCGAUAAAAAUGGGCAAGAUAAAGUUAAAGUUGAUAUGGAUCAGCUCAAAACUUUAUCUGAAUUAGGGAUCGAUGUUAACUUUUUAGAUGAAUUAGAGGAUGACAUGAAGUCAAAUGAAGAUCGUACGAUACUUCAAAGCCGAUUGGACGAGACAUCUCAAAUGUUGGGACAAUUGCGUCAAGCUCAACAUGACAGGUUAUCAGGGCCUCCGCCUGCUCACUUGUCAAACGUACCGAAAGCACCCGAGAGUGAAGUCAAUCUUGCCGAAAAGAUAUCUGAAAAUUUAACGGAGAUAGCCAAGAAAUUGCCGCCGUCAGCGAUCGCACCGGUUGAUGGCCUGCGUCGCGCGAUGGGAAUAGCCCCAGUUGGCGGCCCAGAGCCUAUGGAAGUGGAUCCAAUCACUCAUAAUCCAACGAUAGUAGCUGAAAACGAUCUACUAAACCAAACAAAUUCUGAUCAAACUGCUAGUUCUGUAGCUUCUGGUAGAACUGGUGCCGGUUCAGCUGCUACAAAUUUAUUGGCUAGUACUUCACCUAUUCAAGCGGGUAUUGUCAACGCUGAUGAACAAACAAGCUCAACAAUAGGUCUGGCUACAACAACACAAACUCCAAUGCAAAUUCAAAUCGGUUUAACGCCUAAUCAAACAACUUUGAUGGCCAAUAAUGAGUCGACUGGUGUUCCGGAUCUUGAAUCUGAAUUACGUGAAUUUUUGGAAAGUGAUCCGACUCUUGGACAUUCACCCUUGCACGAUGAUAAAACCUUAGAAGAUAUUUUAUCUGAGUCUUAAUAUGUAUCGUGGAUCACGAUUAAAUAACUUAAAUAAGAUGUAAUCUAAUUAAUUGAAUAUUGUAUAUUUUAUAAUGAUAAUUAUGGUAAUAAUAUUAAUUAAAAAUAAAUAACUUAUGAUUCUCCAAGUUUAUUUAUUAUAAACUUGAGAGAACAAUAUUUCAAGACAAUUGAGACGUUUUUAUAUUAAUUAUCUAAAAUUUUUUUUAAUAAAUUUAUUGGGUUUCAUCAUUAAAAAAUUUUAAUCAAGUUGUAAAAAAAUUAGAGCUGAAUUAAUUAAGUAGUGAAGAUAAAUUAAAUAUAUUUUUUUAGUGGUAUAAAAAAUAAAUGAUGAAUGUGCAAGUGUAAUUUAUAAUGAUCGCUGUGAUAAAUCGAGCACACACCAACAGUUGUUGGAUUUAUUAUAAAUUAUUAUAGUACGAAAUUAAUUACUUUUUAGCUUCAAUGCUUAGAUAAUUAUGUUGUCUCAAUUAUCUUGAAUAAUAGCAAACGUUUAUAACUAAUGUGUAAAACUUGUAAGAUUGACGUAAAUGUAAUUGAUAAUUAAAAUAAUUUUUUUUUUUAAUAAAGA